AUGAAAAAUCAAAACAAAAAAAAUUUUCAACUUAACUAAAAAGUAGCUCAAAGUGCUGAGUAAUGCGGAGUAAUGGAAACCUUUUUUGCCACACAUGAUGUGAAACAUGGCAAUCGAAUCCGAGUCGGAAUCAGCUAAAGCCAUUUAAGAAGUUCAUUCAAUUGACAACACAGAGAGUCAGAGUGAAAGAGGGAGUGAGAGAGACAGGGAGACAGAAAGAGACGGCUUGGAGCAUCGGUAGCAUUGAGAAGAGGCGAUACUUCUAUCAUGUGGCUGUCAGGCUGGUGCUGUAUAAUCUUGCUCCUGCUGGGGACAACCCAGGCCGAUGAUUGGUCCUUAAGUUGCGCAUCGAACUGCACUUGCAAAUGGACUAAUGGCAAAAAGUCGGCUAUCUGUAGCUCCCUACAGCUAAGCAGUAUACCAAGCACAUUGAGCACUGAGCUGCAGGUUUUGGUGCUCAAUGACAAUCACAUACCGAAUCUGAAUCGCGAAGAGUUCUCUGCCCUGGGGCUACUCAAUUUGCAACGCAUUUACUUGAAGAAAUCGGAGAUACAGUAUAUACACAAAGAGACAUUUCGAAAUUUAAAGAUCCUGGUGGAGAUUGAUCUAUCGGAUAACAAAUUGGAGAUGAUCGACAAGGAUACUUUUAUGGGCAAUGAUCGUUUACGCAUACUCUAUUUGAAUGGUAAUCCCCUGAAGCGUUUGGCUGCCUAUCAGUUUCCCAUUCUGCCACAUUUACGUACGCUGGACAUGCACGACUGUCUAAUCUCGUACAUUGAUCCCAUGUCUUUGGCCAAUCUUAAUUUGCUAGAGUUCCUUAACCUAAAGAACAAUCUACUGGAGAGCCUCAGCGAAUAUGUAUUCCAGCAUAUGGCCAAUCUAAAGACUCUAUCGCUGGAGGAAAAUCCCUGGCAAUGUAAUUGUAAAUUGAGAAAAUUUCGUAGCUGGUAUGUGAGCAGUCGCCUGAGUUCGGUGAGUCUGGUGUGCAAGGGUCCGCCGGCACAAAAGGAUCGCACCUGGGAUAGUGUGGAUGAUGAGCUCUUCGGUUGCCCGCCCCGUGUCGAGAUCUUCAACAAUGAGGAGGUUCAGAACAUUGACAUUGGCAGCAAUACCACAUUCAGUUGCCUCGUCUAUGGUGAUCCCUUGCCCGAGGUUUCGUGGGAGUUGAAUGGCAAGAUAUUGGACAAUGAUAAUGUGCUCUUCGAUACGGAGAGCAUUGCCUCCGAUAAGCUGUGGAGCAAUCUUACAGUGUUCAAUGUAACUAGCCUGGAUGCAGGCACUUAUGCAUGCACAGCAUCGAAUACCAUUGGUUCGAUGACGCAGAAUAUAAGCAUUUAUCUCAGCGAGAUUGUACAACAUGUGCUGGUUAAAACGCCGGAGACAUUCUGGUACUUUGGCCUCAUUAUGGGCAUUUUCGGUACUGUCUUCCUUUUGAUUGCCAUCUCGUUUGUGGUUUGCCUAUGUAAGCGCACCACGCGACAGCAUCGACAUGCCCAGAAGGCUGGCGUCAAGUCCAGUGUCAGUUUCAAUGACCAGGAGAAGAAAUUACUCGAUUCGAGUGUAACGACAACAACCAAUGAUCGAGGCGAUAGCUAUGGCAUUGACAACAAUCCAAAUUCAAUAAGUAUAAACAAAGUGGAGUCUGCUUUGGGAUACAAUCAAAUUGAGAUUCAUUCUGUUGAGAAUCAUCGUCAUGCUGGCAAUAUGUUGGUGGCGGCCCAUCAACAGCAGCAACAGCAACAACAUCAACAACAGCAGCAGCAACAGCAACAUCAACAGCAGCAACAACAACAACAUCCGGGACAAGGACCACCUGGACAACCUCAACACAUGCGACAGCAAUUGAUGACUGUAAAGGAUCCCACUUGUGGUAUAAUUAGUGUGCCCACUUCAAUGGCUGGUCAUCCACAUGCCGGCCAUCCACAUGCUGGUCAAAUCUCCGAGGAGUUUCCCCUGAAUGUGGGCGUCUUUCCACCGCCACCAGAAUUCUGCUCCAACAUUGUGCCGAAUCCCACCUUUGGUGGCAACAUUUUUAUACGCGUCUCUGUCACGCAAGAUAUGCUGGACGGGGCCGAUCUGAAUAUGUAUCCCGAUUUGCUGAAUAUACCCAAACGUCUGCAGGAUUGCAGUGGAGCCAGUGUCGAUGCCAAUACGGGUGCUGUAACAAUACCCGAAGGUCAAUUUGCCACAUUGCCCAGGCACACGACCCGCCGUGGCAUCCUCAAGAAGGAUAAUUCGAUGCAGCAGCAGCAGCAGCAACAACAACAACAACAGGUGGCCACAGCUGGUCUCUAUCCGCACGAUGAGAUCGUUACCUACAAUCUAGACACUUCCGGCUAUCAGGGCCUACAGUCAACCAAUAGCUAUCACAGCAAUCCAAUGGAACAAUUGCCACCGCCUCCGCCACCGCCAGCUGUGACCGCUGUGGUCCAGUGUCAUCAUCCACAGCUAGCCACAACGGCAGUGCCCACAGUUGUAUCGGCGGCGAAUUGUGUCAGUUGCAUUAACAAUGCACCACAGCCCUCCGCCUGCAAGACACCGCCCAUUGAGGUAACACCUCUGCGACCAUUGGGCAACAAGUCAUCCGGCGGCGACAGCUCGGCCUAUCCCAAAUACGAUAAUAUGGGACGUCGCAUUACAGCCAGCGGUGGCUUGGGUAACUCGAGUCUCUCGCUGCACGAAGAUGAACGCUAUGAGAAUGAAACGCUCUUCAACGAAUCGGACGAAUUGCCAACGAAUUCAAUUUCAGAGAAGGAUUCUCAUCAUCAUCAGCAGCAGCAGCAGCAACAGUCAACGGAGGUAUCGGUAACGGGGGGACAGGGGGAUAAGGGUAACGGUGAAUUUGUCUCUCUCUAGUAUUAUGGCACGCGUGUGUAAAUAGAUCAAUAGAUCAAUUGUGUGUGAUAUGUGGGGCAUAUCCUUAUUACCUGAGAGGACUAAACACUAAACACACACACACGCACACACACAGUGACUCGCAAUCUAUUGACUGCCGCAGGCCAUAAAUCUUGGAUCUAAGAGCAAUUUAAGCAGAAUCAAAAUAAUAAAAUAAAAUCACUCUCCGAUUAUUAUAUAUACCUACAUUAU